GAACAAUUCUUUACUUCUAUCUUGCGACAUUUACGCUCACACAUACUACCAGCAUAUUUCAAACCAUCAGAUUUCCGUGAUACAUUUGAUACCAUGGCAGACGCAAAGCAAGGAGGUGAUCUCUACGACAUGGCGAAGGACGGAACUAAAGUUCCUGGAGAUGCUGGCAAGCAAAACAUCAUCAAAUCUGUUCCCAAUCCCCACCAGCAAGAAUCAGCUGCCGGUGGGCUUGGGUCUACAACUCUUCACGGCGCCGCAGACAAUGCAUUGAACACCAACGAGGGAAGACCUUCCGGAGUUGGCGAGGGUAUCAGUGCGACCGGCCACGAAAUUCCUCAGUCGGUGACGGGCAAGCCUGGAGGACGAGGAGGGACCCAGGGCUCCGAGGACAUCAGAGCCGCAACGGGUGCGUUUUAUACCAAGGGGGGCCGGUCGAAGGAUGAUGAAUGAAGGAAUCAAAGUGUGCAAAUUAUCACAUGGUGCUGAUGAACCUAACGAGUACAUCAAAACACGAUACAUUGUCUUUUACUUCGAGGUGGUGUCCCGCAUUCAAGUGCCAUCAAGCUAUGUGUAGGUAUAGCGAACCAGACUCAACCACGUGCUCAUGCCGGGAUAUGACCAUCUUGAACAGAUCAACAGUAAGUCAUUCGUCUCUACUACCAAUGAAACGCGAUGCCUGAGCUGUUCUACACCGACAAAACGGCAAAAUGAAAGGGACGAGACUCGAACUCGCGCGGGUUGCCCCACCAGGAAACAGAUGUUAAGCUGACCUUAACCUGGCG